GGGAAAUGUAAAGAAAUCAAUAACAUCCUUAUCCACUUUAAUAAGUUCGCCACAAAGUCCUCUUUCCCUCUUUCCGCCAUUGUUUAUAGUUUUAUACAGAGCUACAGGAGGAGUACUGUUGCAUUUCCCCCACAACGGCAUCGUUUCCAUCGUCUUCUUCCCUUUGUCUGGGCCCUGCAAUUAUUAACUUAUUAAUAUUAUUUUUGUUUUUCUCUUAAUGUUAUUAUGGCGUCAAUAGCGCCGCAGACUUUUCCCCCGCCGUCAACCCGGACGGACCCGAAUCCACACAAACUGCUUUUCUCCAGCUCCAAAUUCUCGUCAUCCGGGCUGAAAAGGGGCACGCCGACUUUCCAGUCUCAGUCUAUCUUUUCUCAUUCUCCGGCGAGGUCAGCGCUCUCUGAUUCUGCGUUUUGUCGUUGUAACAAUUGCGGUGGUGGCGUUUUGGACGAUGAUUCGUCGGGUGAUGAUCAACCCUCGUUAACCCCGAUGGGGCGUUGGGAAUCGACUGUUCGAGACGCGUUCCGGAGUGCGUUUAAGACUGUGGAUGAUGUGAAGAACUCGUUUCUGAACUGGAAUCGGGAUAAGAGUGUGGGUCUAUUCCCGGCGGAGGGCCGGAUUGAAUUGCAAGAAGGCCCCGGGUUUGGUGCUGACGUGGAUGAAUGGGAUUGGGAGCGGUGGAAGAAUCAUUUCACUGAGGUUGAUGAGCAAGAACGAAUUGUUUCGGUACUCAAGUCUCAACUAGCUGCUGCAAUCAGAAGUGAGAAUUAUCAGGAUGCCGCCAGGAUUAAGGUGGCGAUUGCUGCUGCGUCGACUAAGGAUACAGUUGGCAAAGUGAUGUCACAUCUAAAUAGAGCUGUGCAAGAAGAGAACUAUAAGGAUGCAGCUCUUUUGCGUGAUCAUGCUGGUGCUGGAUUGGUGGGUUGGUGGGCAGGCCUUUCUGAAAAUUCUCAUGAUCCCUAUGGUUGUAUUAUACACAUAAGUGCUGAGCAUGGACGAUAUGUUGCUAGAAGUUAUAGCCCGCGGCAGCUUGUUUCAGCCAUGGAUGGCUCUCCAAUGUUUGAGAUAUUUUAUACGAAGAACAAGAAAGGCGAGUUCAAGCAACGGGCUGUUUACUUAAAGCGGCAAAAAGCUCCGCUGGAUUUUCCUGUUCCUUCUCCCAAAGCACCAAGUAAUAACAACCUUGAUCCACUCAAUUCAGCUGGAGAUAAAGGUGGCCUGUUGGAUGAAAAUAUUGAAGAUCCAGUGGAUAUUGAUGAGCGGGAUGAGGAUUUUAAUUUUGAGAAUACCUUGAAAGACCUGAUCCCUGGUGUGAAGGUGAAAGUUAUGAAAGUAACAGCACCGAAUAAAUUGGACAGGGACUUCAUAUCUAAGGUUGUUGAACAAAUAAUCGAGGAAGAAGAUGAAGAACAGGACUCUGAGCUUGAAAAUUCUGAUGCUGAAGAUGAAAUUAAAAGUGAAAAUGAUGAAGAGCAAGAAAAUAUCAUUUUGGAUGCCGGUAAUGAAAUUCCUUUCGGUGAAGAGCCAAGUCAAAUUGCAGUUAAGGUGGUUGUUGGCGGUUUGGUGUCAAAAUCUUCUAGUGGUUCCACUAAAAAGGACCUGCUUCGUGUACCUGCAAAGAUAAAGAAAAAGGAUCGUUUGUCAUUUACCUUUACCAUAGAGGAACAUGAAGAGAAUAAAUCUGGUGAAAAGGGAAAGGCCCCACCAAACAAAAAGGCUAAACUUCAGGGUCAACGCAGUGUAGAUCAUGUGAUGCUUGACCUUGCAAAAGUCAUUGGGAAGGGGAGGAUACCUAAGAAGGUGCUGAAGGAUGUUGGUGAACUGAUAAAUCUCACACUCAAUCAGGCUCAAAAUCGUCAACCGCUGUCUGGAUCUACAAAAUUCAGUCGCAUUGAUGUUUCAGGAAAUCAGGAUCCAUUGAAUGGGCUAUAUAUAGGUGCUCAUGGCCUCUAUGCUUCAGAGGUCAUCCAUUUAAGACGCAAAUUUGGUCAGUGGAAAGAAGAUGAUCGUAAGAAGGAACCUUCAAAUGUCGAGUUUUAUGAAUAUGUAGAGGCUGUUAAAGUAACAGGGGAUCCUUAUGUACCAGCGGGCCAGGUAACUUUCUAUUAGUGGAUGAAUAUAUGAUACUCAUUCCCUGUAUCCCAUUGCUGGCUGGGAAUUUUUUGUCCUGAGUAGAGGGGUUUUUUUUUUUCUUCGUGCAUGAAGAGAACUAGAAUGCAUCUUGAGAACAGCGUCUGAUAGAGAAAGUGGCUAACAAUGCCUCACAGUUUGAAACUGAUUUCUCCUCAACUUUCUCCACACAAGUGGCAAGAUCACGCAGUUGGAAAACUGCAUGGCAUCUUAAUCUUUGAUCGUGCAGAAUUUAUGUUAGCCGUGUUAUAUUCUGAAUAUUAUAGCUUCCAAAUUAGUACCAAAAUUUUGAUGGAUUUACCCUUGUAGAGAAAGAGAAACAUUUUAUAUUGCUAAUAUGUAUACUUUUCAGACAGGAAAAGGGAAAAAUGAGUUGUAUAGUAUUUUGGAAGGUUUGAUACAUGAAAAAAGACCUCUUUAAAAAAUCUGCUUUAAUGUGCAUGUUUGGGACUCGUCUGCUUAAUCCAUUGCAGUUCAGUACCCUCUGCUUAUUUUUUUUCCCCACUGAAUGGUAGAAAUGUUGCUCUUGCAUGGUGUUACAUUGUGCUUUUGCCUGUUCAGUGUUUGUGAUUUCAAACUUGCGGGGAUGUUAAAAAUUUUGCUCGCAAUACCUAAUAACAGCUUUUAAAUAUUGAAUAUGAGCUUUUGCAAUAAAUGCUUAAUUCCAGGCUUUUGAUUUUGCAGAUAGCCUUUCGGGCAAAAGUUGGGAAAAGGUAUCAGCUACCUCACAAGGGGAUUAUUCCAGAAGAAUUUGGGGUGGUAUGUUGCUGAUAGAAAAAUGUUUUUCUACUGCUUUCAUCAAUUUUCAUGCAUUUUCUAGAGCAAUUACUCAUGCUUGGCGCUGUAAUUACUCUGAAAUGCUGCAACUUAUGGUAUUGAUGCAGAUUGCUCGUUAUAAGGGACAAGGCAGGCUAGCCGAGCCAGGAUUCCAAAAUCCUCGUUGGGUUGAUGGUGAACUUGUCAUUCUGGAUGGAAAGGUGAUCCAUUUUCUAUUAUCAUUCAUAUUUUUACUUGUUUCUUGCAACUUUUCCUUCUUUCCAUAGGGUUCAAAUAUGUAUAUAACUCAGUAACUCCUUGCAGUACAUUAAAGGAGGGCCUGUUGUUGGGUUUGUGUAUUGGGCCCCUGAAUUUCAUUUCCUGGUGUUCUUCAAUCGAUUGAGGCUGAAUGAGUAAAGUGUGCUCUUUCCGGGUGGCUGUAGGAGAUGGAAUAAUGAAACUGCGGAUGCCUUAGUGAAAUUUGGUUUAUCUUGUCCAAUUGGAGAACUUAUUUUGCCAACACCUCCGGCCAGUAUUAAGGAGAGUGUAGACUUAGAUAGGAUUACUUUAUUCCGAACUACUCGGGAUGUGUAAUUAAGCCAUUGGCUUCCCUUCUAUGUAUAAAAAAAAUUAAAAAAAAAUUCCCUCAUUAAAUCAUCAAUAGCUUAGGCAGUACUCUAGUAUGAUCAUCAAUAGCUUAGUAAUAACAUGGUGUACAUGUGUUUAUAUAAAAUCAUCAAUAGCUUAGUUCAGUUCAGUACUUAAGUAUGAUCAUCAAUAGCUAGUAAUAACAUGGUGUCCAUGUGUUUAUAUAAAAAUCAUCAAUAGCUUAGUUCAGUACUUUAGUAUGAUC